AUGUUGAAUUGAAACCAUUUUCGAAACGGCAGCACUGAUCCCGUAAUUCGCAGACUAAUCAACGAUUCUUCCACCAGAUUAAACGGUGGAAAGAGUUGUUCUAAAUUGGAAUCCAAAGCGUCCUACGCAAAUCCUCCGAUCCAACUCCUCCUCGCCUCCGAUGUAACGAGAGAGAAAUUUGUUUGAUCAAAUUGCGUUAAUCGAUCCGAUCCACUGUUGUUUUGAUUUCACGCUAUUCUUAGAAGCUUUGUGAAAGCUUUGGUGGCUCUCUGAGUUUGAUUGAUCGUAUAUGUUAGUGAAGCGAUUGUGAAGUCAUUCAACCAUGAGUUUUGUUUUUCGAGGUUCUAGAGCGGAUUUAGAAAAUGGGUUUCCAGGAUUUAUUCCAGAGCGGCGGACAGUGCGUGUUCAUGCUACUCGACCUGUUAAUUCCAACUCUCUUGCUUUCCUUGUUACAGUUCUCUUGCUAUUCAUGAUAUUGAAUUCACAUCAGAUGUCAUCAAAUUUUCUGCUUUGGCUUGUGCUUGGUAUCUUUUUGUUGGCCACAUCGCUAAGGAUGUAUGCAACUUGUCAGCAACUUCAAGCUCAAGCACAAGCCCAUGCUGCUGUAGCCAAUGGCCUUCUUAGUCAUACUGAAUUGCGGUUGCAUAUGCCACCAGCCAUAGCAUUUGCAUCCAGGGGCCGUUUACAAGGCCUCAGACUCCAGCUGGCACUCCUUGACCGUGAAUUUGAUGAUUUAGAUUAUGAAGCUUUGAGAGCACUGGAUGCUGACAAUGUCCCUACAACCGCUUCAAUGAGUGAAGAAGAGAUAAAUGCCCUUCCAGUUCAUAAAUAUAAGGUCUCUGGCUCUCAAAGUCAAAGUACUGGCUCCUUAAUGCAACAUGCCUCAUCGUCAGGCCCUACUGAGCUGAAAAAGGUAGAUUCAGCAAUUGUGAUUGAGAGCUUGAAGGGUGAAGAUGAACUGACUUGCACUGUUUGCUUGGAGCAAGUUACCAUUGGUGAAACUGUCCGAAGCUUGCCAUGCUUGCAUCAGUUCCAUGCAAAUUGCAUUGAUCCAUGGUUGCGGCAACAGGGAACAUGUCCCGUAUGUAAACUCUCAGCAAGACCCAGUUGGCACAAUUCCAGACAAGGUGAAUUGGAUGCUUCAUGCAUGGUUUAAUUACCUGAACAGGCUUGUAGAUCGUUGUAUUUAUCUGUUGAUUAUACUCUCACAUACAAUCCCAUUGAUCAGCAAGAAAAGGUCUACUUUUUAAGGCUACCAACAUGGUGUGAUUAUCUUGAUUUAGGCAUGAAAGAAAUUGCCUAAUACUGGAUGAUCAAUCACCGAAAACAGAUGUAUGAUUGUAAGUUUGUAUUGAAAAUUAUAUAUUUCUUGAAUUUAUUUAUUGAGUUUGAGAUAAUUAUGAA